GAUUCCGCCCCGAUGCCCUCCCCUCGCGCAGCCCCCAUCCUCCGCGGCGCCGCCAGGGCGCAAGCCGGGGGAGGCUCUCCGAUGGCCCGAGCUCGCAGCCCCUCAGCACCCCUCUCCUACGCCGCGAGCCGCGGCCCCUCCUCCGCCGCGACGCCAGGGCCUGAGCUGUGGGAGCCUUUCCAGUCCUGCGAGCUCCUGACAGCCGCCGGCGUCUUGCGACCUCUCCCCAGGCGAGCUCCCCAUCGCCGUCGACUUCGAUCCCAGCGGCCAUGCGACGCCACAUCCCGGCGGAGAGGAAAUCAUCCUUUCUGCCGCACACAAGAUCCGCCCGGAGUUCUUCGCUCUUGACUACGCCUCGUCGUCGACAUCGGUUACCACCGUCUCGCAGCUUGGGCGAGUCACCUACGGCCAUGGGCGCACUUCUGAGCCCGCGUCGUCUCGUACAUCGGCGCCGACCUGCAGCUCGAUGGGAUCAUGGGAUACGUGUCGUCAAGGAUGCGAUCUAUCUGAUGGAGGACCUCGCGCGGGGUCUGCGCCCUUCGAUGCAAUUGUCGAGGUCGAGGGCCACAUCCAGUUAUUUUUCAUCUGUGCCUCAGCAUCCCCGUCAAGAUGGGUUAUUUGAAGAAAAAGCAAUUUUACGGUUUGCGGUGCUAAAGUUCUCCCUUAUUACCAUGUUCAUUGAGCCCAGUUCAGCUAAAGUUUAUUCAAGCUCAAUUAAGCUACAGAAAUUGCCAGACAAGCACUAGAACCAAAGCCAACAUUGGUACGCCAUUGUGUUGUGAACUUGUGAUGGCAGGAAAUUCCCUAUGUCGUGUGAAGGAAAUGGAUGAAAUGAGGAGCUGCUAUGAUAGCUUGCUUUCAGCUGCAGCUGCAACAACAAAUAGUGUAUAUGAGUUUGCAGAAGCCAUGGAGGAAAUGGGAACUUGCUUGCUUGAAAAAGCUGCAUUGAAUUAUGAUGAUGAUGAAAGUGGUAGAGUGCUGAUGAUGCUAGGGAAGGCCCAGUUUGAACUGCAGAAGUUUGUGGAUAGCUAUCGUACAAAUAUUAUAAAUACAAUCACAAACCCAUCGGAGUCACUUCUGAAGGAGCUACAAGUUGUAGAGGAAAUGAAAGAUCAAUGUGAUCAGAAAAGAGUGGAAUAUGAAGGUAUGCGAGCAGCCUAUAAAGAUAAAGGGCGAUCAAAGCACUCCAAAUCCGAAUCAUUCUCCACCGAACAACUGCAAGCUUCAUUUCUCGAGUACCAAGAGGAGGCAGCGUUGUUUAUAUUUCGUUUGAAGUCGCUAAAGCAAGGUCAAUUUCUAAGCAUUUUAACCCAGGCUGCUCGCCAUCAUGCUGCUCAGAUCAGUUUUUUCAGGAGAGGGCUGAAGCAUCUAGAGGCUCUAGAGCCUUAUAUCAAAGCAGUUGCUGAGAAGCAGCAUAUUGACUACCACUUCAGUGGACUGGAUGAUGACAGUGAUAUUGAUGAUUACAGCUCUUACCAGGAUAACCAUAGUGACGGCAGUGAGUUAAGUUUUGACUACGGGAUAAAUGAUGGGGACAAAGACCUUCCCUCUUCCACAAGUCUAAUGGAUUUGGAUCAAGCUCAACCAACAAGUUCCCCAAGACCUAUGAAGGAACUUGAGCAGGACAAUGCUGAAGAAAUAAAGGCGACUUUCGUUGUUCCUCAUGUGAAGCCUGAUAUUGUUACCCAAUCAGCACCCAUUUUUGCCGAGAAUGUGCCUGAUCCAUCUAUGAGGUUUCGCAGAAUGAACCUGUCAAAAAGAGUUGUUCAUUCCUACAAACUCCCGACACCAGCCGAUGAAAAGAAUCCCGCUCCAGUAGUCACCAACACAUCACCUCUUUCAGGUCCAACUGCAAGUAAAUCUUAUGUGACAGGAAAUUUGUGGCACUCCUCUCCACUGGUGAAAGAUUUUAAGCCGAGUUCCAUAUACAGCGGACCUGUUAAGAUGCCAUCGAAUAAUGAGGGGAUAUCAGCACCACUAGUUUAUUCCUACUCCACUUCAGAUUUUAAGAAAAUGAAGAGGGAAACCUUUUCUGGUCCAAUUCCAAGCAAAACAGGAUCGAGCAAUCCCUUGUUUCCUGCAACAGAUCGCAGACAGUCAAUGAACUAUCCUUCUCGGGUGUUGUCAACAAAAUCACAUGGCCCAGGUUGGCAGUCAUCUUUGCCUCCAAAAGUUACUCCUAGGGUCACUUCACUCCCAACAACAACACCCAAAAUAAGUGAGCUGCAUGAACUGCCCAGGCCUCCGGCGAAUGUAGGCAGCAUCCGUCCUGGUUUGGUUGGAUAUUCUGGUCCUUUGGUUUCAAGGCGGCAGAUGCCUAAUGCACCAGCCCGUAUCUCACCGCCAUCACAUAAAGCAUCACCACUUCCACGGCCACCUGCUGCCAUGACCCGCAGUUAUUCGAUACCUUCAAAUAGUCAACGAACUCCUAUUAUUACUGUGAAUAAAUUGUUGGAGUCUAGGCAUAGCAGGGAGAGCAGUGAAGUAUCCUCGCCCCCACUAACACCUAUAUCACUGGCAGAUGUUUCCCGCAGAUCAACAGCAGAAAUAACUGUAGACCUUAAAAGGAUGAAGGAAUCCCUGUGAGAGUUUGCAAGAUAGAACCUGUUAAUAAUCUUAGGAAAUUUUGAAUGUAAGUAGUUGUGGAUUAUAGGAUUCCAUCUAUAAUAUUUUAUGUUUCUUACUGUGAAGAAAAAAUGUAAAUAAAAAUAGCAUAAUAUCCUUUGUUACUUGUACGCUUGUCUGAA